AUGCGACAGAACGACAGCCAACAGCCAGUCGGAGUUCUCGAUGUGUACCGCCCGAGCGCAGGCAAUGGCAGCGCAGGCAACUCAAGCGCGGGCGGGGAGGAGUACCUUGUGACACUGGCGGCUCUCAACCUGAUGCGCGGCCGCACUGCCUUCUUCGACGCCCUCAUCUCCCGCCGCCCUCCCGUGGCCGCGCAAUCCGCGCUCCCUGCUGCUGCCCCCCCACCACCAGCAGCAGCGGAGGGAUGGGAGUACACGUUGAGGUCGUGGGUGCAGCAGGCAGGGUGGGGGCAUGCGAGCACGCGGGAGGAGCAGGAGGCGGCGCUCAGGCACGUGGUGCCGGUGACCCCCCCUCCGUGUGGCGACCUGUUGACUUACGUUGACUCCUCAGAUGUGGACGUGCAGCGCGUGGCACGAGAGGCGGUGGCGAGUGAGAAUAAGAGACAGGGCAGUGCGCUGCUGCUGAUUUCGGUGCUGGAGGCACAGUUGAUGAUACCCGGGUUCAGAGAAUACACGCUCACACUGCUUGCAGCAGAUAACACCACCCGCAUGGUGGCACACUAUGCCACGCACGCACUAGAUCUAGGGCUGACAAACAACAGUGACGCCACGCCUGAAACGUCACAGGGGGGGAACGCGAGUGGGAGGAGUUUGGUGAAUGUGACGGCGUUUGCGGUGGUGGCGGGGACGCAGCGGAAUGCAACAGCGGGGGAGAUGGGCGUGGCGGCAGCAGGGGGGUGUGCCGGGAGGAACGCGAGCAGCAGCAGCAGCAGCAGUGGCGGUGGUGGCGUGUUGCAGUGGGACUUGGCACGGGCCAUGGCAGGGGUGUGUGUGGAUGAGGGGUGGGUGCUCAUCCCUGCUGCUGCCACUGCUGACAAUUCAACGACUCCCACUGCUUCCUUCAAUGCCUCCUCCAAUGCCUCCUCUAAUGCUUCCUCUAAUGCCUCCAUUUCCGCCCCCUAUACCGACGCCUACAAUGGUUUCUCCAUGCGCUCCCUCGCUCUCUUUGCCCUGGAUGAAGUCAAUCAGAACAGCAGCCUCCUCUCCAAUGUGACUCUGCUGGACGUUAUUGUAGCGAGGGCGAAUGUGGUGGAGGGAGCAGGGAUCAACUACAGUGUGACUGUAACAGCAGUGGUGGAUUCAGCAGCUGCAGCGACGGCACCGGCAGCAACGGCACAGGAAGCACUGCUGACGGUGCCUGGAAGCAAAGCCAAGGCAGUAGAUGUGGGUGCAGCAGAGAAAGGGGCGAAGAAGCGAGUGGUGGUGGUGAAGGUGGUGGUGUGGCAGCCGGUGCCCUUCACGGCUCACCGCCUGGUUGACUUGUUCCUGCUGGAUGGGGGAUACAGUGGUGAGGGGAGUGGGAAGCAAAAGCAGGAGGGCGUGUUGCUCUUUGACUGUGCUUCCCUGCUGGAUGGGGGAUACAGUGGUGAGGGGAGUGGGAAGCAAAAGCAGGAGGGCGUGUUGCUCUUUGACUGUGCUUCCCUGCUGGAUGGGGGAUACAGUGGUGAGGGGAGUGGGAAGCAAAAGCAGGAGGGCGUGUUGCUCUUUGACUGUGCUUCCCCACCCCCGGGGCAUGUCCUCCUUGCUAACUGCACGGCAGUGCCCAAGGCUGGCUUUUCUUCUGUAGUUGCACCGAUAGGAUUUGUAAAAUUGCUUUGUGUGCUUGUCUCCCUUUGCCUUGUGCUGCCUCUCAUGUAG